CAGGCGGUCAUCCCCAUUGGCUGUCACACAGAAAAGGGGCGUAGUCAUUAGACUAUAUAAAGGACCGCGGUCAGCUGCGGAGUCUGACUCGAGACUUUAAAGAGGACGAGGAUUUUCAGGACACAUUCAUCACCUGUAUAAAAGGUCAUUAAGCAGCAGAUAUGAUGGAGCUCAACAUUAAAGUCCUGAGCGGGGAAACGAAGACCGUGCACGUGAAUCCAGGUGCUACAAUCGGUCAACUCAAGCAUAAAGUCGCCCAAAUCUUUAAUGCAAGUCCUCUACGGAUGAAGCUUUCUGUCACCAAUGGGCGAGUGGUGCAGCUGGACAAUGACCAGAUGACUGUGAACCAUUAUGGUCUGAGUUCAGGAGCCACCGUGAUGCUGCUGAUCUCCAUGACUCCCGUGCCACUUCAGGUGUUCGUGAAGAAUGAGAAGGGGCAGACGAAGACAUAUGACAUUACUGAUGAAGAAACCGUCGAUCAGUUGAAGAGAAAGGUCCGCCAAAAAGAAGGAACACCAGAGGACCAGCAGCGGCUGAUCUUCAAUGGUAGACAGCUGGACUCUGGCAGGAAGCUGCAGGAUUACGACAUUGUUUCUGGAAGCACCAUUCAUAUGACCCUCCGUCUGCGUGGAGGCUGAUGGGACAGAAACACUUGGAGAUCAUUUUAGCCUAAAAAAUGUAACAUGAUUCAUCUCGUAAUGUUUGUUACAGAUUACUGAGGUGUCUUCAUUCUUAUUGCAAUCAACUGAUUCUUCUUUUCAGAAAGUGAUUGUCCAGUCAAUUUCUCCAGAAUCAUUUCUGAAUAUUCCAGAAUCUUUUGUAUUGUGUCUUAAUUUCAGAAUCUUAAUGUAUUGUAUUAAGUUUGCUUGCUUUAACAGUGAUAUUUUUUGCUUUUAGAAUGAUUUAUUAGCAAGUAUUAUAAAAAAUUUCCGAAUAAUAUUUUUAAAAAUGUGCAUUUAUUAUGUUUAUGUAAUUGCUUUCUUGAGCAACAUGUCAGUGGUUGAAAGAUUACUGUAAAAUGGAUUUUUAAGGACUUGCUGUUAGGACCUGUAAAGGACCACAGUAAUAAAAAAUAACUGUGAUAGUUUACUUUCUUAUGGGCCUUCUGAAUAAAUUAAUAUAAUUUUUAUUUAAAUAAAAAUAUUUAUCAUAAUGA